AUGCCACUCUUCAAUAUCAAUAGCAAGAAGAAGAAGUCCCCUCAACCUACACGUUACGCAGCUCCAGGUCGGUCCGAGGAAGUUCUCCCUCGCCCCGCGUUCGCUCCAUCUGCAGACCGCAGCACCAGCUCCAUCGACGAGGCAUACUCCGACCGCCGCAUCCCAGAUUAUCGCUUUACCCAGAAUCCAGCCCCAGCCCCAAAUCCAAAUCCAAACCUCACCCAGCCACCCGAACCGAGUCCCUCCCUCCAUCGAAGCCAAAGCCAGCGCCAACCCCAACCCCAACGCGACCGACCCACCGUUAGUGUUGUCCCCCCUGAGGAUUCACAGCCUCGUCGCUUAAAAAAGAACUUGUUUGUGCGUGCUUCGUCUGGGCUGCUGGAGCGCAGUGUUUCUGUCAAGGGGAAAAACAUCUCUCAUCCCAUCUCCCAGCCUACCUCACCGCAGUUCCCUGCCUUGAACGAAGACCGCAUCCACCCCGCUUACUCCGAGGGGCCCUCCCCCAAUACUCCACAUGAGCCGCGUUCAGCUUCGCUAGCCUACCAACAGCAACAUUUGCAGCACCCGCAGCCAUUGUCGCAGGAAAACACCGAGUGGUCUCAGCAGCCGCUUCAGACCCAACAACACCCCGCACCGUUGCCGCUCGGGCGCUCCAGUACAGACCUGAGCCUGCUCGACCGAUCGAAUCGCCCGUCCCCCACCGAACCUCUUUCAGAGUCGCCUCGUUAUCCGCCCGAACAGAGCCACCGGGGGCAGUCUCAUUCGCGUACCCAGCAGGAUCUGGGAUUGAGUGCUCGGCCCCCUUCCCGGCAAACCCACGAGCCGCUUUCACCAGCCCGACCGAACCAACCUGAAGUUAUGCAGCAAUCGCAGCAGCAGCAGGUACAGGCCCAGGCCCAGCCGGCACAGAAUGAUCGUUCCUCGGGCCAGGAUAGUAGUCGACGGGGCAGUACCACUCAACCAGUACCAGCGGUAGAGGGGCAGAAUACCCCUACGCCAAAUCGAGUACGCGAAGAUCCCGAGAAUAUCGACGUCCGCGCAUUGCUUCAGAAACAUGAAGAACUCCAAUCAAAAUACUCCAAAGUGAAGCGAUACUACUUUGACAAGGAAGCGCAGGUGCAGCACCUCCAGAAUACCGUGGCGCACCAGCGCAUGGCCGUAUCCCGCACAGUGCUCGACGAUAAUGAAUAUGCAAAUCGCUUCCAGCGACUGGAUGGAGCCAUCAAGGACCUUGCCUUUUCGGUGCGCAAGGACUGGCGCGGAGUUCCCACGUGGCUGCGCGGCCUGGUGACCGAUGAAGCAGUUUCAACAGGAACAAAGGAGAUGACCAGUGUGGGACGGGCUGUCAUUAGUCGGUGGUUGGCGGAAGAACUUUUCCAUAAAUACUUCCACCCGGGGUUGGAAACCGGUCUCAGCUUACAACUCAAGAGCAUUGAGAUGAACCUGCGCCGGCAACAGAUGCGACCUGCCACUGAUGAAGAUCGCGAGAAUGCCAUUGCCCGCCUGUCAAACUGGCGGCGUACGACCUUUGACGGGCUGGGCGAUAUGCUUGCAGACGCUGCCGCUCAAGAACACCGCGCGGAGCUGAUUGAGCAUCUGUCGGUAGAGCUGGCCUCUUUCCUUAGCUCGCAGGUGCAUGAGGCUGCCCUACCGGGACUUGAGGCGGGAGUGCGAAUGAUCAUCGAGAACAGCGUCAAUAUCGCCGAGAAGAUCCCACUAGAAGCUCGAGAUGUCUGUAUAGAGUACUUCCCUCCCAACGUCACCUUUGUCGAGGUGUACAUGAAGGUAGAAGGACAGCUGCCGCCGCUCAGUCGCCAACCUCCACCACCCGCUGACCAGGAGCCUGAAGACGCAACCGGAGUCGAAAGCGACUCUUCACCCGCCUCAAUCUCGACAGGAGGGGGUGAUGGCACCUCAGCCGCACCUCGUGAAUCCAAAACGAAGUCUGUCUUUGGUGCGAUCAUGGGCCGCAAAGGCAAUGAGCCCCGCCCUACCGCAGGCCACGUUCCCGAGGAGAAGAGCGAGCCGGUUGAAGGACCCGCGAGAAUCCGAUUCUCGUCCUUCCUGACCGUCGAGGUACGCGGCAAGGGACCGUCAAUGGUCCUGGUCAAGGCGCCGGUAUGGAUGAUAGAGUGA